GGCUGAUUGUUGUGGCUGCUGGGGCUGCAGAUCGUGACUUGCACUGGCGGCUGCACCGCUCUUGUCGCUGCCGCAGUAAAACUUUAUGCCUGGCACUAGAAGAGGUGAACUAGCUGCUUGCCACAGCCAUACUAUCCCUUCACAAUUUGAAGAAGUAGUUGGAUUUCCCUAUGAAGCUCUGUACUCAGAAAGGAAUGAUCUGCCUACGGUGACCACAGAAGCAGGUGCCACUGGGGCACAGCAUGCAGGUGAGCCAUUGUCCAGCUUCAGAUCUCAGGAUUUUCUGUGGAUAUCAGAGGUGGAAAUGAGAGGUUCUGAAGAUGCUGCUACAGGAACAGUGCUACAAAGGCUAAUCCAAGAACAGCUGAGGUAUGGCGACACAAAUGAGAACAUGAAUCUCCGGGCAAUACAACAUCAGGCUACAGGGAGUGCAGGACCAGCUAAUGCAAAUACUCUUUCAUCCACUGAAAACCUCACUCAAGAAGACCCACAAAUGGUCAAUCAUUCAGCACGUCAAGAACCUCAGGGGCAAGAACAUCAGGUGGACAACUCUGUGAUGGAGAAGGCUCUGAGGAACAAUCAGCCUCAACAAAAUAAUGAAGAACUUCCAACCUAUGAAGAGGCAAAGGCUCAGUCCCAGUUUUUCAGGGGCCAGCAAACAGGACCUGUAAGCCCAGGGUUUUACGUUGCUGGAGUAGUAGCUAAUCAUAAGUCAAAAACUGAGGGAAGGCCAGCUGUAAGUCGAGCCAACAGUGGACAGGCACACCAAGAUGAAGCACUUAAAGAACUCAAACAAGGUCAUGUUCGCUCUAUGAGUGAGAGGAUAAUGUUAUCACUUGAAAGGAAUGGAGCUAAGCAAAACACCUCUACUUCAGGCAGCAUGAAAGGAGGAAAAAAUGGGCCUCCAUCUUCAGCUCCACCCUCUGUAAAAGGGAUGGAGCUGAGAGGACCACCUCCAGACUACCCCUUUAAGGUUAAACACGUGGUAUCUCCUACAGCAAAGACCCAGGAACAAGGGCACUUUUACAAUGAGCAACACCCAGGAGUACAGGAAAUUGUUAAACCUUAUUCUGCACCACAGCCAGCACGAAGUGAGGUAUCUAUAGUUCGAUACCAGCCUCCACCUGAAUAUAAUGUAACAAGCCGUCAAUUCCAGCAGAUUCCAUUCCCCUCCAUGACAUUGCAGCAUCACAGUCCUAUGUCUUCACAUGCGUCUUCAAACAGCAGCUCUCUGUACUCCACAACCUUAUCACUUUUGCCUAUGGGCAUGAACUCUCACCCACCUCCAUCUCCUUCACCGAACCAGCAGCUGCCACCUGAAACGUUUGCCAUAGUUGAGCGGGCUCAGCAUAUGGUGGAGAUUUUAACCAAGGAGAACCAUGUUCUGCGCCAGCAAUUGGAGAGCGGUUACGAAAGAGAAGACAAGCUCCAAAAGUUUGAAACUGAAAUUCAGAAGAUUUUUGAGGCUUAUGACAGUCUAGUAAAGUCUUCUACAAAGCGGGAAUCUUUAGACAAAGCCAUGAAAAACAAGUUAGAAGGCGAAAUUCGUAGACUACAUGACUUUAAUCGGGAUUUAAGAGACCGGCUUGAAACGGCCAACAGGCAGCUAUCCAGCAGAGAAUUUAAUGGGCACGAGGAUGCGUCGGAAGAGGGACAUUAUGCGUUAAAAAGCAAAGAAUACCUGAAGGAAAAAGAAAGGUUGGAGAGGGAAUUGGCAGCUAUGCGAACAACCAAUGAAGACCAGAGGCGACACAUCGAAAUCCUAGACCAGGCUUUGAGCAAUGCGCAGGCCAAAGUAGUCAGACAGGAAGAAGAGCUGCGUAAGAAACAGGUCUACGUGGAGGAGGUUGAAAAGUUGCAACAAGCGCUGACCCAGUUGCAAGCAGCAGGAGAGAAGCGAGAACAGCUGGAGAGUGGGCUCCGUAAGCGGCUUGAGAGAGAAGUGGAAUCCUUGAGAAUGCAGCAGAGACAAACAAAUUGCCAGACAUCUAACACACUGGAGUAUAAUGCCCCAGCCCUUAUGGAUUUGUUGCGGAAACGAGAAGAGACCAUCUUAGCUCUAGAAGCAGAUAUGACCAAGUGGGAGCAGAAGUAUUUGGAAGAAAGUGCCAUGCGGCAUUUUGCCAUGGAUGCUGCUGCGACUGCUGCUGCCCAACGUGAUACGACAAUCAUAAAUCACUCAAGGAGUGGAAGCCACAAUGACGGUUCUUUGGAGGUCCGAAUAUGGCAUGAAGAGGAGGAAAUCAUCCAGGCCAACAGAAAGUGCCAAGACAUGGAACACUCGAUAAAAGAUCUCCAUGCCAGAAUCAUUGAGCAGGAUGCCAUGAUUAAAGUUCUUCAUCAACGUUCUCGAAAGGAUCAGGGGAAAAGUGACAACUCCAGUUUACGCCCAGCCCGCUCGGUACCGUCUAUAGCCGCUGCAGCCGUCACAACGACAUCGACAGGAACUCAUUCCAGACAGACAUCUCUGUCCAGCAAUCAGGCUGCAGAGGAAAAGAAGGAAGAUAAAAUACGUAAAGGCAGUGUAGGGUUGCUUAAGGGGAGAGACCAUCAUGAAAGUCUAUCUCCUUCCUUUCUGCUUCCACCACCAUCAUUUUUUCUGCCACCAACUGCCCAACAAGUGGCAACUCAACUAGUAACUGCAUCACACAUGAAAACAGGAAGCAAAGAUAACAGCACCCAAACCGACAAAAACACAGAGCUCUUCUGGCCAAACAGCGGUUCUUUCCCAGGAAGGGGGCGGAUAAACAUGACGCCCUCUAGCAGUCCUCUGUUACGGCACACUACUAACAAGGGAUGCGAGAGAUCAGAUAAUUCACCUGUACUCGGUAAGACCCCCGACCAUAAGGGCAAAGUCAGCUGCGCUUCACAAAAGACUGAAUUUCCAGAACCAGACAAUAUGGUGGAAGUACUUAUUUAAAGACUACUUUCAAUAUGACAUUACAAGAUAAUCAUUAUGUGCGAGUCAUUAAGUAGACUGCUUGCGUCAUCAGGAAUAUCCUGCAAGACUUUUGUGUAUUUGUUGGAAAAGUCAUCGAUGAAGACAUUUUUAGAUCUUUGUCUUCAUUUUAUUGGUACUUUUUUGUAAAUACUUGGUUGCAUUUUGCGUUAAAAAAAGGUCAAAACAGCAUUGAAUGCACAAGUUCAAUACAAUGGCAACUUUGGACAUAAGAGGAAUAUCCCAUGGUGCUCCUGGCUUUGUGCCCACAUGUUCAGCUGAUGCUUCUGAACAAAUUACAAAUUAUUGGAACCCUACAAAGACCAUCCUGAGGUUGUCAGUUCAAUUAUAGCACAGUCACAUCUAGGGAAGAACAGGUCUCAGAGAAUAUCUGUAUUAUGUAUAAUAAAAAAAAAAGAUAUUUUAUUACUUUUUAUAGACGCUGAUCGCACUGUGCUGUGGACGGGCAUCAUGUGGUGCUUUAAGAGCAUUCUGGGAGAAUGUGUAAAUACAAAACUGUGUAAUAUUAAUUUAUUUUGCAUUCAAUAACCACAUUUGCGACAUUUAUAAGUUGUUUGCAUUGAAAUUUGUCUACUCCUGCGUUGGCAGAAUAUUCAGAUACAUGUGAGACCCCAACUGUACACUGAGAUUCAAACCAUAAAGUGACAACGUUAAAAUAUCUUGGGAUACUUUAUGAGAAGAACUAUUUGCACAAAUACUUUUGUCAGCUUUUAUUUUCCUCUUUUACCUUUUUUGUAUUUGUUUUUUAAUUUUGUAAAAACGAUCUGUAUAUGAGCAUUUAUGUCAUGAAUUGGAGCAUGAAUUUUUAAAAGUUAGUAACGUA